CUGCCAGCUCAGGCACGGCUCUGCAGGGAGGGGACGAGUCUGUCUUCCCCUGAAAACUUUGUUAGCUCAGCGAGGGGAUUUAGCGCAACAGUUUGUGUCAGUUUAUUCACUUCGGAUCUGAACCUGCCGCGCUAAGUGGUGAUGUUGGGGGUGGCAGGGAUGACGGGCAGCAUUGCUAAUGCCCUGGCCAGUGCGGCCUGUGAGCGAUGUAAGAGUGGCUUUGCUCCAACUGAGAAGAUUGUCAAUAGUAAUGGAGAGCUGUACCAUGAGCAGUGCUUCGUGUGUGCCCAGUGCUUCCAGCAGUUUCCAGACGGGCUCUUCUAUGAGUUUGAAGGAAGAAAAUAUUGUGAACACGACUUCCAGAUGCUCUUUGCCCCUUGCUGUCACCAGUGUGGGGAGUUCAUCAUUGGUCGUGUCAUUAAGGCCAUGAACAAUAGUUGGCACCCUGACUGCUUCUGCUGUGACAUUUGCCAGGCUGUGCUUGCAGACGUGGGGUUUGUCAAAAAUGCUGGCAGGCACCUUUGUCGUCCAUGCCAUAACCGUGAGAAAGCUCGUGGCCUGGGCAAGUAUAUCUGCCAGAAGUGCCAUGCCAUCAUUGAAGAGCAGCCACUGAUCUUUAAGAAUGACCCCUAUCACCCAGACCACUUCAACUGCAACAACUGUGGGAAGGAGCUGACGGCAGAUGCCAGGGAACUGAAGGGAGAGCUCUUCUGUUUGCCCUGUCACGACAAGAUGGGUGUACCAAUCUGUGGUGCCUGCAGGAGGCCCAUUGAAGGGCGUGUUGUCAAUGCCAUGGGCAAGCAGUGGCAUGUGGAGCAUUUUGUGUGUGCCAAGUGUGAGAAACCUUUCCUUGGUCAUCGCCAUUAUGAGAGAAAGGGGUUGGCUUACUGUGAGACUCAUUAUAACCAGCUCUUUGGUGAUGUGUGCUAUCACUGCAACCGCGUGAUUGAAGGCGAUGUUGUGUCUGCUCUCAACAAGGCCUGGUGUGUCAGUUGUUUCUCAUGCUCCACCUGCAACACAAAACUUACCCUGAAAAACAAGUUUGUUGAGUUUGACAUGAAGCCUGUCUGUAAAAAGUGUUACGAGAAGUUUCCUUUGGAGCUCAAGAAAAGGCUGAAGAAGCUGGCUGAGUCUUUGGGACGCAAGUGAGCUGGUUCCGGCCAAACAGCCUGCAAGUACUGUAUCCCUGCUAUGUCUGUGAUGGUCAAAUAUCCAGGAAAACUGCUGCUUUACUAAGAUCCUGGUGUUACAUGAGUACAUCAAUAUUAAAAAUGUAAAUCAGGGAUCCAUUUACAAAAAAAAAUAUAUACCACUGUGGUCUUGUCAUAAAGGUGCCUGAUAGCAGAUGUUUUUUUCUUGAACACAAUUUUUUUUGAUACAUUCCUAAAUUGUCCAAAUUCGUUAUUCCCUCCUAACCAAGAAAUGUGGUGUCUGAAUUUAUUAUGACUUUACUAUGAACAUAAUUGCUAACUGCUAUGUCUAAAACUUUCUUGAAUUUGAAAAGAUUGUAUUGAAUUACACUUGUACCUUCAAUAUACAAACUGUGUCUUAAAAUGUAAGUAAUGGUUAAAGUGUAACUUCCAUAUGGUUACACCUGAGUCUAACUAUAUUAAUCAGACAAAGUAUCUACUGAAAGCAGAAAAAUGUCAUUGUAAUUGUAAUAAGUAAUUACAGGGCAACCACUGUGUUCUUAAGGACUGUAAUGUCUCUUCUUGCUAAUUAAAAAAAAUAAAUGUUUUAAGAAAAAUUAAAAUCAGCGUAUACUGGGAGCAAGGCUUAUGUACAAACCAUUAAGUGGUAAUGAAUCCACACUUGGAUGUAUUUAAUACAUAUCAAACUGUGAUGUUAAAUGUAUGUUAAAAAAGGUUUCUAUGUAGUGUUCAGAAGUGUUCUCCUCUGGUGCUUCUUGUCACUUUUCUAUCAGUCUGGUGUGAUUCCACAGGUAGAUGUUUUAUUCAAAGAAUCACUCAUGACUUUUUACAUGACUGUUAAUUUGUCCAAUUGGCCCUUUAAUCCUAAUGGUUUGAAACAGUAAGCUGGGAGAAAAUAUUAUAGACAACAGAAUCGGCCUUACUUUUUAAGGUAAUCUCUUGGUAUUUAGCCUUUCAGUGUGUUUGGCAGUGUAAUAUUAUUGCUUGUACUGUAAAUGCCUGGGGGUUGUCAGUCUGAUAUUUUUAGCCAAAUGAACAUUUGCAACUUUCUGAGGGAAACAGUUCAAAGGAAUCCUGAUGAAAUGAACCUUCUGCUGAUUAUUUAACACAACAACACUUUGAUGUUAAAAUAUAAUUAAUGAGUCAGCACAUUUGCUUGGGAUGUUUGUAGACAGGCAAACGUAUUUAGAAAAAAUGAGAAGUGACAUACAACGAAAAAAUUCUAUUUGCCUGGAAGAGCAUUUUGUGUACACAUUUCAUUUGUCAGAGCUUACAUUUUCUUGAGUUGCAUGAAAUGGAGUAUUACAGUUUAUUGCAGCAGCAAUAGAGUAUUAGGUUUUCUGCUCAGUGAUCAAUAAAGUUUUCUUAAACAUCA